AUGAACGAACUGCAGUUUGUUGUUGAAACCGGAGACGUCCAGAGUUCCAGACCCGCCAGCAAAAAGCCCAAGCGAACACGACGGGCUUGUCUCCCCUGCCAAGGCAGAAAAGUGAGUGCAAACCGACUCUCGGCUGAUACUCCGACGAUAAUAUCUGCCACAGACAUGUCCACACACCAGCUAACACAGAUCCGAUGCAAUGGCGGCCUUCCAUGCGAAACAUGUAUCGGUCGCAAAGUGCGAUGCGAAUACAAGGACGAAGACACCAAGAAGGGCACCGAUAAGAGCCCCAGCCCCGCCAAAAAUGAAGUCUUUGAAAACCGACGCCUAGCACAGGCGCAGUCCCCACACGUCCCACAUACACAGAGCCCACUACAGAGCCAUGUUCAGGUGGCGCAGAAGCCGGCAGGGAAGUCACCACACCAGCCAGCACACAUGUCACCCCAUCUAUCGCCACAGGCUGUGCACAUGUCACCCCAGGCUUCUCACAUGUCGCCACAUACUCAGCCAGUACAUGUACAGCAGCACACUCAACCACCACAGUCACAACCCCAUACACAACAGACGAAACCACAAGUCGGCCAGACCCAGCCCCAGUCACAACCCCCAGCUAUCACAUCACCUCUGUCGAUAGCUACCUCCAGCUCACGUGGCUCUACCCGACAGCCGUACUUUCGAUGGCUCGGAGCUACUGCCAUUGCUCCGCCCAGAAAGGGCAAGUUCAGACUCAUUGCGGUGAACCUGGCUUCGUCGGCCUACUCGACCGUCGUGAUGAAACAGACAGCCGAGGGCUCGGCCAUGGAGUUCCAGGCGCCCAUAACCUCAGCAGGGUCAGCUAACUCGGUUAAUUCUAACGGCUCGUACUUCCCGACUGCCAUAGAGACCCCCGAAACACAGCUGCCCAGCAUUGGGCCCUACUCGAUUCCUACAAAGUACAUUGACGUCUUCUACUCCCACGUGUCGUCCAUUCUUCCGUACUUGCCCCGGAAGGUGUUCAAUCAGCUUCUUCAAGCUGGCGAGGUGUCGGAGGCGCUUCUCAACGCCAUGGCUGGCUUGGGACUCAAAAUGAGCUCCAACUCCAGCCCUACAGAAUCCGUUUCCGAGACGGAAAAUACGGCUAUCAAGUACUCCAACCGCGCCAAGGAGCUUGUUAUCAGGCGCCUGGCACUCCCCACGGUUGAAACCGUCUACACGCUGCUUCUGAUUGCAUACAACGAGUUUGCCAACGACAUGGACUCUGGGCUGUGGAUGUGGUCUGGCAUGGCCAUUCGAAUGUGUUUCGAUCUGGGUCUGCAUAAAGCAGACCUUCCCAAUCUGGAUGAAGAACACCGCGAAACAGCCCGGAACGUCUUCUGGUCGGUGGUGUGUCUUGAUCGGCUCAUCUCUUCAGGUACUGGCCGUACUGUGACGGUUCCUCUAUCGCAGAUUGAGCACCAUCCUCCCGUAGGCAAGAAGCUGACAACUGGCCAGACAGAUCCCUUCCCAUAUCUCUGCAAGCUGUUGCUCCUCGUGGGCAAGGUAACCGACCAUCUCAACUCCGUGGACCCCUCGCAAUUGUCUUCUUCUCGGUCGUUUGCCUCCACCCAACUGGCCUCUUUCCAUCAGGACGUUUCCGACUUUUACACGUCGCUUCCUCCGGAUCUAUUGUUUGACGUUCACAACUUCCAAGAGUUUGCACGUAUCCGACAGAGCCAGGUGUUCCUGUUGCUGCACGUGUGGAAUCAGGCGCUCAUCCUGGCUGUGUAUCACCCCACGGUUGUGUAUGCUCGAUCAGCAGGUACCCUUGGCUCUGUUUCAGUCUCAGGCUCUUCCAACGUGUCUCUGAACAACUCUAGAGCACCUUCUCCUACUGGUGCUGUAGCUGGAGGUGGAGGUGGAGCUUCUUCUUCGGCAGAAGACGGGCCCAAACCCGCCAAGAAACGAAAGACUACCGACCCUCCUCUGUCUGGAAUCGAUAUUGGAGCUAUCAGUAUUUCUGAUAUGGUUGCGUUUGCUGAUCUCAUUGACCCUCUAUCGUUUUUGUGCUCUCCUUUUGCGUCUCAGCCUCUGCUGAUGGCUGGAGUUUCUUGCCUGACAGUUCUCAGAGCCCUCUCACCCGCCAACACGCCUCCACAUGCGAUUUUCACUGUAAAAAAGUCGUAUCACAACACUCGAAACGCCCUUCAACGUCUUCGGAGUAACUGGGCGGGAGUGUCGUGGCUUUGCGAGACUCUGGACUCACUGGAGCGUGAAGAGGAGGACGUGGAUCUUGUUGGAUCGUUCACUUUUGAGGCACCAGAGGUCCCCUCGCAAGAAGAGCCUCCUACAGGUUCCUCAGCUCGAGCCACGGCCACUUCGGCCUCCAUUAACCACUCUUCACAUGCUUCUAACAAGAGGUGGCUGGUGGACGCUCUGGAAGAGAACUGCCCAGAGGAAGAGAUGCUUGGUCUUGUGAUUGCAGGAUCUCGAAAGCUAUCGCUUCCAAUUGAGCGACAGAAUGAGUACUACUGGGACGGCAAUGGAGGGGUUGCUACCGGUACUUCAAACAAUGGCCAUGACCAGGUUCCGACAGCGGCACAUCACAAUGCCCCUCGCAACCACCAGCAGCCACGGAACCAUCACCACAACAAUCACUCGACAAACAAUGCAAACGGACCCAACAGCCAUCCGUAUAUUUCCCGGCAGCUCUGUGAGUCUCCUGAGCCCUAUUUUGAGGAAGGGUACUCCCAGUUCUACGGUCAGCAGGCCCAACAAAACCACCAUAUCAUGCAACAGGGUCAUAACAAUGCUGACAAGCCUUCCGCAGGCUCCUCUGGUGGUAACAAUACAAGCAACGAAUCGACUAACGCUCCCAACCGGACAAAUUCUCGAGAGAUUCCAGAUCCUCUGGACGGAGAUGACUUUAAGAGUCUUCUAGUUGGAAACAUGACUCUUGACGAGUUUCUCAAAAUGUGA